UUAAAAUUUGAUUUUUCUAGUGGCAUUUCAUCGCUAUGCUUUACAAACGGUGGCGAAGCAUUAUAUAUGCUCUCCUCUUCUGAAUUGCAACGCAUUUCUCUAUCAGCCACGAAAGCUGUGACUCCACAAGGCGCCAUCGAAGUGAAAGAAUUGAUCAGCUUUGAACACACUAACACAACCGCUGAUAGAAGCAGUGUAAAUGAUGAGAACGAAGAGCACAUUGAGGCGACGAAUUCAACUUCCGCAACUCAUUCACAGGAGACUCUAUCGAGACUUGGCCAAAAACAUCUUGCAGUCGACACUGAAUCACAACAGCGAGGAAUCAGUGUAACCAAUGGUGAUAACUCGACUAUGGAAAACAAUUCUCUAAAUCGUGGUAACGAAACAAUCACCAGCUCAAUGGGUGAUAUAACUGUAGACUCUGUAAGGGACCAUUUGAACGCCACAACAACUACCUUAUGUACGGCGACAACUGAAGAAAUUGUGGGUCGACUUUCUGUUUUAAGCACGCAAACUAAUCAAACUUUGACCAAUGCAAAUAUGAAGGAUGUCUACGAUUUUAAUAUACCGAACCUUAUGGAUUUAGCACCUUUAAGAAUCACUGAAAGAUGAACCUUGAGAAAUUUCGUUUUUCGUUCCCGUUGAUUCCAUGGUUUCGUUGUUCUGAGGAUUUGGUGCAUCCUGAGGAUCUUGGUUAGGUUCCUUUAUGACUACAAGAUUCAUCGCUUCGUUCAGUUCGCAUGAUUUCUCGUUCAACAUAACACUUUCGUUUUUGACCAACGACGAUAAAAUAAGGUUAUUUUAAAAUUUUUUAUUACAUAGUGUUUGCGUUCAUUGUUUAUAGUAAAAAAUGUAGUAAUUACUAAAUUAAACUAUCUUGAAAUGUUCUAAAUUAUACUUAGUAUUUCCCCACGUAAGCACUUGUACUAGACUUAAAUUUGUAUGUACACUCCACAAAAAUACAACCUUGUACCAAUGCAACUAUGUAAGAAUGAAACGAAAUGAAAGAAUAAAUUUUGGCUUGGCGUCAGUCUUCAACCGACAUUUGACGUGCGCAGUAUACUAUUAAUACAGUCCAAAGUCUUUGAAUUUUUAUGAGUGAAUUUGAACCAUCAUUUAUUGGUCCAUCGAGCCGAAUUGUCGGUCGAGAUAAGUAAAAACAUUUUAUAAUAGUUCAUUGGUCAAUAGUUCAGUGCAUUGAUGUGUAAAAAGACAAAUUAAAAUGAAAAUCAGAGUACCCCAGCAACAAGACAGUGUAAGCAACAAAAAGUGUACAAAUGUGUGUAUGUACAAUCGCAUACAAAGUCAAUCGAAUGGUGUAUAAGUACAUAUGUCUAUUGUGUUCAGCAGAGCACCCCAGCAACAAGACAGUAUUCAUAUUGGAAUCGCACAGCGCAACAUUGAUGUACUGGUGUAAGAAGCAGUAAUGUUAAAUUCAAAUUAAAUCUGAAAAGACAGUGUAAGAAAUAAGAAUUGUACAAGUGUAGAUACAGUUUGAUGCAAAGCUAAUCGUGUAUGGCGUGUAAGAAGCUUACAAUAGCAUCUACUGUGCCUAGCGGAACACCAAGUCAGUGUAUCAGUCAUCGUAGAGUAAACGUCCAGCAGAACAUCCAAUGAAGAAGUACCAGUGAACAAGUCAACAUAU